AUGGAAUGUUUCGAGACGCCUGAAUUCAGAUGCAGCAAGAUUACAGAACCCUGCUUUAAAAUAUGUCUACUAGAGACUGCCGUUUCUCGAAGCAGUAAGGAAAAACUUCAAGAUGAAUAUUUACUACAGCACGAGGAGAUUUGCUUCUUUUCCAAGCAAGAUACCCUGUUCUGGGUCAAAGUACUGAAGAAGCAUGCAGAUCAACCAGCAAGCCUUAUUGAUUUUACGCAUUUCCGGUCCUUACCAUACAGAAUCAGGCAGGUAUUGUAUUUGAGUGAGAGGAGAAAACAGAGGAGCCGCCUGCGGGAGUGUGCUACAAUGUGGACCCGAGGAGAAGCCGUUUCGGUAUUUUCAGGUUGA